AUGACUCUCAAGCUGAAAGCUCCAUCAUCAAGCGAUAGUGACUGCGUUUCCUCGGAUCAGGAUGAUCGGGUUGAACACGAAAAGGAAAAGACAUCAAGUUUCACCACAUCUACUACAUCUCCAGUUUCUCCUCAACUGCAUGGUUCCAAAGAUAUUCUUGGGGGAGAAGGCUUUAAUUUUGACACAUUCCAUUACAGUACUUUCUCUAUUCAAGACGAUAGUGACGAAGAUGCUCCCAUUACUCAGAAGGAAUUGAAGGCCCUGAAUGAGAAACUGGAUUCUAUCCUUGCUUCUUCCAAUAUUUCUUCCAGCAAAGCUUACUCUGAAGCCGCUGUCAAGGGUAUGCUUGACACCCUUGUUAAGGAACAUGCUGCUAAUCUUGACAAAGCCAACAAAGCAGUUGAAAAUUCUACUCAAUAUUGUCUACAAGUGACCGAAAAAGUCGAUAAACUAGUCUCUGAAACAAAAGCCUUUCUAACCAAGAUCAACACAGUGGUUGUAAAAAAAGCUACAAACAUGCAUAAUGCCAUCGCCAAUCUCAACGCUUCACUGCGAAAAGAACGAGAGUCCAUUGUGUAG